AUGAAGAAGCGAAAGAGGGGGAAGAAGAAAGGAAAAGCAGGAGCAGGAGGAGGAGCCAAGCCAAAAGCAGGUGCUGCUGCGGUGGGCGCGGGUUCUACCGAUGAAGAACAAACACUUAUCAAUUUAAUCACUCCAAGCAAGGAAGAUCCGCAUCAUCAUGAUGAUGAUGGUGGUGAAGGUGAUGAGAAUGAUGAUGGUGACGAGAAUCAAUCUGCAAUGGAGGUUAAUACACCUUCUUCCACUGGAACCGACCAGCCAUUGCAUCUUGCAAGUAUUAAUCCUGAUGGCUCUAUUGAUAAGGCUGCAGCAUCAGCAGCAGCAGCGGCAGCAGGAGGAAAGUCUAUGGGGCGGGUUAAGGUUAAGCUCAAGAGUUCCAGGAUUUUGGAGUCGCAGAGUGAUACGGAUAGGAGUAGCCCAGUGCCGCACUUGGGUUUGGAGAAACAAGGUGAGGAUAGUGGGAAUUCCGUUGUACCUGAAUUUAAGAUGUAUGUUUCGAGGAGACCUGGAGGUAUAAAGAUUAAGUCCUCGUCUAAGGUGAUGGGAGCAGGAGGUUUGAGUGUUGACAAGAGUGGUGGCGGCGGUGGCGGUGGUAGUGGUGUAGUUGUGGUGGAGGAUGAGGAUGAGGGUUUGCAAAACAAGGAAUUUGAGACGCCUCGGAAGGAAAAUAGAUAUGAUAAGCAAGAACUGGAUUCUGCAUUAUCGGUUAUUAAGAAGGUGAUGAAAAUGGAUGCAGCUGAACCCUUUAAUGUUCCUGUCAACCCUGAAGCUCUAGGAAUACCUGAUUAUUUUGAUAUCAUAGAUACACCAAUGGACUUUGGAACAAUCUGCAGCAAUCUUGAGAAAGGUGGCAAGUACAUGAAUUCAGAGGAUGUCUACAGGGAUGUUCAAUACAUUUGGAACAACUGUUUUAAGUAUAAUAGCAAAGGUGACUAUAUCUUGGAUCUUAUGAGGCGUGUUAAGAAGAAUUUUAUGAAGUAUUGGACAGCAGCUGGGCUAUACACUGAAUUAUCAAAAGGAAGUAAUGGUUCUGAAGGUGUUCAUGGUGAGGAUGUUGCAGCAUCUAGUCAUGGACAUACUAAAAGUGCACAACCAAAGAAGUCAAAAAAGCGUCAUGGAAGGCGCCAUAAACUUGAUUGUUUAUGUGCCAUAUGUGUUCUAAAGCGCCGUAGAAGAGAGCGAGAGGAGAAUGCUCGACUUGGUAAAGGCCAGAUUGGAGUCACUGAUAACGAACUUGUUCAAGAGUUCAAGCAAGAGGAAUCUUCACUUGUCGGAAGUCCUUGUGGUGAGUAUUCGUCAUCAAAUAUGGGUGAAUCGUUGGACCCGGAUGCAUAUGUUGAUGUGGAAGGAAAAGCACAGGAUGGGAAAGUGGAGGUUACAGAGAGGCAGCAGAGUCCUGUGGAGAAGCAAGAGGAAGUCGAGGAGGAGGAAGAGGAAGAGGAAGAUGAAGGCAAUGAGAUGGAGAUUCAGAAGCAAGGGAAGGAAGAAAUACCAGAGAGAUCACAGUUUGCUGAUGGAUCUGUGGAGGAGUCUAAUCAACACCCUCAGCCUGUAAUAUACGAAAAUGCAAAUACAAUAUUUCAUAUUCGUACUCAGAAAGAUGCAUCAGUGCUGCAAGAGGAAGAAACUAUGGCAGUUUGGCAAAAUAAGCGCAAGGAAUUGCAAGAAAGGCAAGAGAAGGUUAAAGUAUUUAAAAAAUUCUACAUCGAAAAUCCCUUGCUUCUUAGCCUAUGCGGAACUCUAUUUCCUGAUGAUCAAAGAUCUGUCUGGAGUGGACCUCAUUCACUGGUUCAGCAUCAGAAUUCAGGCCGCACAAGUUCCAUUCAUGCUGCUAUUGAGACAGUUAUGAAGAAGUAG